AUGGCUGACGCAGGCAACGCGACCAAAGCCCCUGAGAGCGACUCUCACCUGGACGACCGGCAGACGACGGCUGCUCCCGACGACACCCAAACGGCGUCGAUAGUAGGCGAGCACUGCGUGACGGACCGCCCAACUCCCAUCGGCCAGUCCUCCACCGGCGAAAUAUUCAAGCUCAACGACAUCGACGUCUACAUCUCCAAGCCCGCCGAUUACCCUCAUGCCCCCGCGCGUCUCCUCCUCCUCCUUACCGGCGGCACCGGCAUUCGCUCCACCAACAACCAGAUCCAGGCCGACAAGUAUGCCUCGGCCGGCUUCCUCGUCCUCAUGCCCGACCUCUUCGGCGGCGACACGGCGCCUGCCACUACCGCCAUCGUCGACGAUUCCCCAUCGCUGCUCGAGCAAUUCAAGCUCAAGACCUUUGAGGCAAUGAAGUCUUUCAUGACUGACAUGUGGCUUGCGCGGACCACAGCGGACAAAGUGAUGCCCAUCCUCCAUAGGGUGAUUGACGCCGCCAACGAGCAAUACCCCGAUGCCGUCAAGCAGGGUGGCGGCAUCUACGCCGUCGGCUACUGCGUCGGCGGCAGGUUUGUCCUGCUGCUGGCCAAGCAAUCACAGGAACAGGGCGACGGUGAGGAGAGCGCGGGGGCCCUCGCAAAGGGGCCCUACAUCAAGGCCGGAGCGCUGGCGCAUGCGGCAUCUGUCACGCCAGACGAUUUCAAAGAUCUCAAGGCGCCCCUAAGCUUGGUGUGCAUUGAAGACGACCCUCUGUUUCCGGAUGCGGUGCGGUCUGCCGGUGAGGAUGCCAUGUCCGAGGCGAAUCUGGAGCACCAAGUCCAGGUCUACCCGGGCGUGCCGCACGGGUUCGCUGUCGUGGGCGCAUAUGCCAACCCCUCCAUCGGGGAUGCCCAAGCUACGGCCUACGAGCAGAUGCUGAAAUGGAUCCAAGACCAUUGA